UCCCUAUGUGUGCUUCCCUUCCAGCUCACUUCCCAUAUUCAAAAUUCGUUCCUUCAUUCCCAUUUCCCUUUCUUCUUCUCUCCCUCAAACCAAAAUGCUAUUAUCCACACUUCAAACCCCUCGCUCCCUCUCUCGCCUCACGCGCCACCCUCACUCCUUCACCUCACGCGCCUCCCUCACCCACCAAACCCAAACUCUCACCCCCUCCUCCCCCUCCCCUCCGCCGCAGUCCGAAAUCCUCUCCAUCCGCCACGCCCUCCUCUCCCGCCGCGCCUCCGCCGCCGACCUUGUCCUCUCCCAACUCGCGCGCCUCCGCCUCGCCGAGCCCCGCCUCCGCUCCUUCCUCCACCUCCCCGACGAUGACGCCCUCCUUGCCCACGCGCGCCGCCUCGACGCCCGCAUCGCCGCCGGGGAGGACCCCGGCCCCCUCGCCGGCGUGCUGGUCGGCGUCAAGGACAACAUUUGCACCGCCGACAUGCCGUCGACCGCCGGGUCCCGCAUCCUUGAAGGGUACCGGGCGCCGUUCGACGCCACCGCGGUGAAGAGAGUGAGGGAGUUGGGAGGGAUCGUUGUUGGGAAAACCAAUAUGGAUGAGUUUGGAAUGGGUAGCACCACUGAAGCUUCUGCAUUUCAGGUGACUGCCAACCCAUGGGAUGAGUCUAGGGUGCCAGGAGGAUCAUCAGGAGGAUCAGCAGCUGCAGUUUCUGCCAGACAGUGUGUUGUAUCGUUGGGAAGUGACACUGGUGGAAGUGUGAGGCAGCCAGCAUCUUUUUGUGGUGUUGUAGGUUUGAAGCCAACUUAUGGGCGUGUCUCAAGAUUUGGACUUAUGGCGUAUGCAUCAUCACUUGAUGCUAUUGGCUGUUUUGGUUCAUCGGUUGCUGAUACUGGGACUCUCCUUCAUGCAAUUGCUGGCCAUGAUAGAUUUGAUGCCACCUCAAGUAAGCAGGAUGUGCCUGACUUUCAAUCUCAUUUUGUCGCUGUGAGCUCCUUGGAAAGUAAGCCCUUGAAGGGACUGAGAGUUGGUUUGAUCCGUGAAACUAUUGAUGAUGGUGUUGAUGCUGGAGUAAUUUCUGCAAUUCGGGCAGCUGCUUUGCAUUUUGAGGAAUUAGGAUGCUCUGUGAAUGAGGUUUCACUGCCAUCCUUUUCCCUUGGGUUGCCAGCAUAUUAUAUCCUUGCUGUAUCUGAAUCAUCUUCCAACUUGUCUCGUUAUGAUGGUAUCAGAUAUGGAAACCAAGUUUAUGCUGAUGAGCUAGAUUCUCUUUAUGGAGGUUCCCGGGCUCAAGGGUUUGGUUCUGAGGUUAAAAUGAGAAUUUUGAUGGGAACAUAUGCCCUUUCAGCUGGUUACUAUGAUGCAUAUUACAAACGUGCACAGCAGGUAAGGACCAUAAUUAGGAAUAGCUUUAAGGAGGCCCUCAGUCAAAAUGACAUCUUGAUUUCCCCUGCAGCUCCUUCAGCUGCUUAUAAAAUUGGUGAAAAGAAAAAUGAUCCAUUGGCUAUGUAUGCAGGCGAUAUCAUGACUGUAAAUGUCAAUCUAGCUGGACUACCUGCCUUGGUUUUGCCAUGCGGAUUUGUUGAGGGUGGGCCUUCAGGCCUUCCUGUUGGUCUGCAAAUGAUUGGUGCUGCAUUUAAUGAGGGAGAGCUGCUGAGAGUGGGACAUAUCUUUGAGCAAACCCUUGAAAAUUGCAAAUUCGUUCCACCAAUUGUAGUUGAUGACAUUGCAUACUGAGUAUAACUUAUAAUUCUACAUUUUAGUGUUCCAUCUAUAGUUCCAUUAGUUUCAAGACAAUGAGGUGACUGGAACAGGUAUUUUUCAGCUCAGGUAAUACUUCAAUUUUUUUAGUCACACUACUGAAAGGGGGUUGGGUGAGAAAGUUCACUAUUUGAAAUUGAGUAUGUUCAUAAUAAACCUUCAAUUAGCUUUUUGAUGAGGGGGUCAUGUGCUUUGGGGACAAAUUGUAUGAAUAAUUAAUGUUGUGUUUUAUUCAAUGUAGAAUUAGCUAGAUUGUAAUUGAAAUAAUUUGCCCUUGUAAUUUAUUCUUGAGGAUUUCAAAUAGGUUGUCGAAACUUUUGAAUACGGAUUUUCUAAUUUCUUUAUAAAUUUGCUUGGAUGCAAACAAGGCUUGAAUCAGUAUGUUGGUUACAUUGAAA